AGCCCAAACUUCCCCCCUCUGUCCUCCUCACCCAACCCUUGGCCCCUCUUCUCAAAACCAGGACCAUUGUCAUCCAGCCCGUUGGCCUGCAGACUGUGGUCUCAGUGAUCAAGGAUCCACCGCAUGUGACUGUCCAUGCUACUGCACCCUCUACUGCAGCAGUUCCCACGAUGCAUCUCCAGCCGAGACUGUUGAUUGGACCCCAGAUCGCUUCCCCAGCUCCUCCCCUCCUUGCUGUCACCAACCAGGUGUUCACCAUGCCAAUUGUACCCCAUCAUGUUACCGUGGGGACCACUGCUGUUUCUGGCCCCACCCAUCCCAUGGCAAUGACCUAUCACAACACAGCUGUGGACACUGAGGUGUGUGUGGAACGGCGGCAGCAAAGGAUGGUGAAGAACCGUGAGUCGGCCACGCUGUCUAGGCUGAGGAGGAAGGAGGCGCUGCAGGCCCUGGAGGCCCGUCUCAGGGGGGCGCUGUGUGAGAACCAGAGGCUGCUCGAGGAAAACGGAUCCCUCAGAACCCAGCUGGAUGGACUGCUCACUGAGAACACUGUGCUAAAGGUGACAGCUCCAAAGAGACGGGCUGUGUGUCUCAUGGUCGUCCUGGUGUUCUUCGUGCUCAACACUGGUCCCCUGAGUGUGUGGGAGUCAGAGCCCAGCAGCUCCAGUCUGUACACGGGGACACCACAAAGCAGCCGACAUCUGCUCAGCUUCUCCCCCGACCAACAACAGAGGAGAGGGGAGGAAACACCAGCCCCCCAGUCCCCAUUGGAUCCGAUGGACGCCCAGUACCCACAAUCCCACCAAUCCCAGGACAGGUGGGAGGACUAUGCUCCAGAGAAGAUGGCUUCCCACUCUCCUGUCUCCAGGACCAAGUCCCUCCGUCUGGCUCAGAACCUGAGAGGCUGGGUUCAUCGACACGAAGAGGAGAGGACCAAGUCCACACGUUCUACCACCGAUCAAUCCAGACAUACAACAACUGAUCAGCACACAACCAAAACUGUCCUGAAGUCACCUGAGGAGACGACCCAGUCCAGUAACUCGGUUGUAACAGUCAGCUACGACACUGACAGACCAGGAAGUGAGGUUCUGGUGUACUACUCACACCAUCAAAGCUACAGCGACUUCUUCGAUGAGUUAAAUCGACGAGGCGAUACUUUCUAUAUGGUGUCCUUUCGCAGGGAUCACCUUCUGCUCCCUGCGACCAACCACAGCAAAGGGAGAAGGCCAAAGAUGUCCUUGGUGUUACCAGCUAUUAAUGUGAAUGACUCUGUCAUCAAGGACGACACAUUUGAGGUGAUGAUGCAGAUUGACUGUGAGGUCAUGGACACCAAGAUCCUCCACAUCAAAACCUCCAGCAUCCCAGAGUUCCUACGUGCUAACACCACUGACUUCCAGGCUGCAGCAUCGGUUGGUGUUCUAUCAGACUCUUCCUGAACUUCACUUCAACCAGAAUACCUGGCAAUCUGAAAGGCUAUAAUUUAGCCAACAUUUUCAACUGUGACAAAACAUUUAACUUUGUUGUAUCCUCUCUGGAAAUGUUCUGCAUCAAUUUCGCACAUCCUCUGUCUUCUACAUUUCACAAGUCCUUGUACCUCCGAUGUUACAAAUCUAUCAAGACGUAUAAAGAAGUUGUCCAGCAACUGUUUGCCUCCAUAUUGCUUGGUUUAGAGCAUCUGGUUUUAUGUUAAAUUGACAGGCUGCCAAUGCAGGCAUCUAGGUCAUUUGUUAGAAUAAAUAUGGGACUUAAUGUUGAACCCUGUGGAACCCCUUCCAAAAAUUCCUUCACUCUCUUGACCCUACAGCUAUUGCGCUCUUUUAAUUGAGCCAUAAUUUUACCAAAUGUAACCUAAUACCUUUAUACAAAACAGUAAUUGAUUCUGGACCCUAUUGAUGGAACCAAGCCAUGUUAACAAGAUCCUUUUCACAGAUAUUAAAGUUGUUAAUAGACAUA